AUGAAGUUCUUCCACAUCACCGCUGUCGCUGCCCUCGCCGCCUCGGCUGCUGCCCAGGGCUUGAUGAGCGAUCUCCCAUCUUGCGCCAAAGAGUGCGUCGCAAAUGCCCUUCCCAAGGACUGCGGCCUGGACAUUGGCUGCAUCUGCAAGACCAAGUCGUUCAUCAACAAGAUGGCCUGCUGCGUGGAACCGGCGUGCGACAUGGCGGACCAAAAGAAAACCAUCGAGGUCGCCAAGAAGAUCUGCAAGACGGGCGGCGUGACCGACAUCCCCAACAGCGUUCACUGCGACAAGGGCUCGUCCACUGGCGGAGAGAGCUCGAGCUCCACUACCGCCACGGGCUCCGAGGCCACCGGCAACACGACCAUGACGCAGACCACUGCCUCGGGAUCUAGCACGGCGUCUGGCACUACCUCGACUUCGGCCUCGGCCGCGGCCUCGACCACUACCAACGCCGCUGUGUUCGGCCAGAGCAAGGAUAGCUCCUUGAUGGCCGCGGCAGGUGCUGCUGCUGCCUUCGCCAUCCUGGUUUAG